UCCUUUUCUCAGCUCCUCUUGAGUGCAUCCAAAAUGCCCUUUGUCCUCUGACACUUAACAAAUACCGACUGAUUAAUCCAGGUCAUAUCGUAUUUCUACCCACUGACCCAGUGGCUGUUCCACUUCUCACGGGAUGGGCAGGGCUGUCUUGGAAUGUGGCUCAGGCUGUCACCCAUGGGCAGUGCUGGGCAUGGGGCAAACCCUCAGUCUGGGUCUUGCAGUGAUGGAGGCUAAGCUAGGACCGAUGGCUCAAUGUGUCCCUUUGCUGCCAGCAUGGACAGAGCGAGUGCCGGCCUGCUGGAAAACUGCACGGGCUGCGUGCUGUGCUCUGAGGACAACGGCUGCAUCACCUGCCACCACCGGCUCUUCCUGCUUAUCUGGAGGGACGGCAUCCGCCAGUACGGGAUGUGCGUCCACACUUGUCCCCCAGGCUACUUUGGUGUGCGGGGUCUGGAGGUCAACAGAUGCACAAAGUGCAGGUCGCCCAGCUGCGAGAGCUGCUUCAGCAGAGACUUCUGCAUGAAGUGCAAGGACAAGUUUUACUUGUACAAGGGCCAGUGUUUUCGGCAGUGUCCCCCCGGCACUGCGGCACAGCCCGGCACACGCGAGUGCCAAGAGACGUGCGAGCCGGGGCCGUGGAGCGAGUGGAGCGCCUGUACCCACGAGAGCCGAACCUGCGGCUGCAAAUGGGGAGUGGAGACGCGGGUGCGGGAGGUGCCGGAGGCUGCCCGGGAGGAAGGGACUGCCUGCCCCGCUCUGCUGGAGACCAGGAGGUGCCGCAUGAAGAAGCACUGCCCGGGAGAGAAAACCGAACCCAAAAAUAAAGGCAAAAAGCGACAGAAGAAGCCGAAGACAGAAAGGCACACGGGCACCUAGCAGGCAUCAGCAUGGCAACUGGGGUGUCAU